AUGGUUCACAAAAAAAUCGCAAUGGAGGGCUCCCUAUUCGAGCCGACUCUAUACAUAGUGAAGGGAAUGUGUAUAUUGGACAAUGAUGGAAACAGAAUCCUAGCUAAAUAUUAUGAUCCUAACACCUUAACUACCGCUAAGGAACAGAAGGCAUUUGAGAAGAAUCUUUUCAACAAGACUCAUCGAGCAAAUGCUGAGAUAAUUAUGCUGGAUGGUUUCACGUGUGUCUACAAAAAUAAUGUAGAUCUCUACUUCUAUGUUAUGGGUAGUUCUCAUGAGAAUGAGUUGAUCCUGCAAUCUGUACUGAAUGCGCUGUAUGAAUCUGUCAGCAUUUUACUUAGGAGAAAUGUUGAGAAGAGAAUAAUUUUGGACAAUUUGGAUGCAGUUAUGUUAGCAUUUGAUGAAAUAUGUGAUGGAGGAGUAAUUCUAGACUCAGAUCCUACUUCAAUUGUGUCACGGACAGCACUUCGCACUGAAGACGUUCCACUUGGUGAACAAACAGUUGCACAGGUUCUUCAGUCAGCCAAGGAGCAGUUGAAAUGGUCAUUGUUAAAAUAA